AUGUCUUCAGCAGGCUUCAAUUUGCCCUCUAAGACGGCCACUGAGAUUGAAAAUGUUGUAGAGGCUUCCCGCACGCCCAGCGGACACGCUAGCAAUGAUCAGUUCGUGUCUGAGGCUGACAAGCUGGAGCGGCAUAUCAGUAUUCGGCAUAUGAUCUUCAUGGCUUUAGGCGGCUCAAUUGGUGCCGGCCUUUUCGUGGGCUCCGGUGCUGCUUUGGGAUCCGGCGGCCCUCUUAAUCUGGUCCUCAACUUCGCCUUGGUUGGUCUCGGUGUCGGUUGUACAAUGGGCUGCCUUGGAGAACUUGCAGCUUCGUAUCCGGUCGCAGGUGCGUUCUACGAUUACUCAAGACGCAUGAUAUCGGAAGCGUGGGGCUUUGCGAUGGGCUGGAACUUCGUAUUCAACUGGCUCAUUGUCUUCCCCUUUGAGCUUACCACCAUUGCUGCUCAAAUGAAGUACUGGGUUCCCGACCUGCAACCAGCUUAUAUAAUAACACCCAUUCUACUUGCUCUAACGGGUUCAUCGUUCCUCGGUUCUCGCUGGUUCGGUGAGCUCGAGCAUGCCUUUGGAAUCGGAAAGGCCGUGGCCAUCACCGUCUUCAUCUUUACCGCAGUCUUCAUCAUCUCCGGGGCUGUGCCCACGGAUCCUAGGCGUGGAACCGGAGCCGAGUACUGGCAGAAUCCAGGUGCCGUGAAGAACGGCAUUUCCGGGUUUCUCUUAGUCUUUCGAACAGCAGGCAUGUCGUACGGAGGCACAGAGCUUCUCGGCCUAACGGCAGCUGAAUGCAAGAAUCCCCAGAAGGCCUUGCCUUUGGCGACCAAGAUCGUCUUCGCACGCAUCUUAUUCUUCUACAUCGUCUCUCUCCUUCUUCUCGGUUUUGUUGUCCCAUCCAACCAUCCUGGCCUGGCUUCCACUGGCCAUGGGGCCAAGUAUAGUCCUUUUACGCUAGCUGCUCAAAUCGCCAACAUCAAGCAUCUCCCAAGCUUCUUCAACGCCCUGAUCGUAGUAGCGCUCGUUUCGAUGGCCAACGCCAGUAUCUUUGCCGCCAGUCGCGCCUUCCAGGCUCUGUGUGAGAAGGGCAUGGGCCCCCGCUGGGGUGCCAAGGUCAAGUGGGGUGUGCCGGUGUAUGCAUUCUUGGUAACGUUCGUUGUUGGUUUACUCGCGUUCGUCAACAUGGUAGAGGGCGGCGCCGCUAUCUUCGACUGGUUGUUGAGUCUUUCAGGGGCGAGCAAUUACUACACCUGGGCCUCGAUCUGCAUCAGUUACAUCCGCUUCCGCAAGGCAUGGGCUGCCCAGGGGCAUGAUCACAGGACGCUGUUGUGGAACAGCCCUUUCGGCACCUGGGGCGCCAUUGUUGGUUUGACAAUCUGCAUUGUAGGAUUGCUUGCGAAUGUCCUGACAGCCAUUAUGCCCGUAAGCGGACAUUAUUCGGUUCAGGAUAUUUUUCGUGACAACAUCGGAACAUUUAUUCCCCCAGCUUUGUACUUGGGCUACAUCUUGUAUGAACGUAUGAUCAACAAGAUCAAAAACCCGGCCCUUAUUCCUCUUGAAAAGGUGGACGUGCAAACGGGAAUCCGCCUUCAGCCUGAAACCUCCAGCUCGGAUCUAGGGCGACCGACAGUUGUGCAUAUCAUAACACAGGGAUCGUCGUCGGGGGACUUAUCGGCAGUUGAGAAAUCGUGA